AUGCAGGAUAGAAAUGAAAUCAAGCCCUUUGGUAUUCCGCAGCCCCCAGAAAAAUCCUGUGAACGAUGCCGGAACAUGAAUCUGGAAUGUGUUUUUGAGCCUACGUUCUUAGGACGCCCCGCUAUAAAGCGCUUUCGUGGCUUGGAGUCCCGUGCGAGUGGGUCCGAUACUAUUCCUUCCACUAUGCACAUCAAAGACCUUCUAUUUUCUGAUACAGGAGAGGUUGGUCCCACGUCGCAUGCAAUUGAGUUGCCGUCUAAAGAAGCUCUUUUCCAAUCCAUGAUAGAGCCUCAUUACUUUCUCUCGUCCAUAUUGGCUAGAGAUGAAGCAUUUGGGGCCCACUUGGAUCCGGUGCCUCCGUGUUGGAGCGUACCUCUUCCUGAUCUCGUUGAUGAUAACACUGCAAUAUCUCUCGAAAGAAGUUUGCAUUGGCAUCGCUUUUUCCUGCCGUCAAUGCCAAGUUUGAUAGAACUCAGGGGCCGUUUGACAUCACAUGAGUUCAUGUCGAUCAAUUCCGCUACGAAACUGCUCUUUUCACUGCUUUGUUUGAUUGCGUUAGACAUUGAUCAAGCUUUAAACGAGCAACAUCCCCAAUUGAGACUGAGUAUACGUACUGCUGUGGGGUAUCUUGGUCAAGAUUUCAUAUUUUCACCACCUACACAUCACGACUCAGUUGCAGUCUGCCUUCUUUUGGCCGAUUAUAAACCAACAGUUUUGGCUACAACUAAAACUGUGCUGCACCGCGCUGUCAAAUCUGAGACUUUUAUUCAUCUGGCACACAGAAUUGCACAUCGGCUGGGAGAAAAGUUUGAACAAGAAAAGACAACUCCCCGACAAUUACACAUGGUUGGUGGUACCGAAUUCGAUGCAGGCUUCAAUCAAACUGUAAAGCAUUUACAAAUACUGGUUUAUGAUACAUUUUUGGACGGGUAUAUUGCAAAAUCACAUGGAGCUCUAAGACAAGCGUUGGGGAAGAUAAUGCCUGUGAUUGAUGGCUACCAGCUUAUUUUGGAACAUCGUCAGUGCUCACCGAGAACAAUCUUCCAUAUAUAUUGGGCUAUAUCAGUCUGCAUCUUGCUGGAUGCUUUGGCAAACUUGAAAGAACAAUGGAACGACCCUGGGGCCCUUUUUGUGAUUCUUGAACAAACCGAGGCGAAGUGUGUUGAAGAAAUCAAAACCAGCAACGCCAUAUUGAAGAACAGCUCAGGAGAAAUAAUGGCCGUUCGCCUCCUACUAGAGCUAAGGUUCAAUUCUGUCCUUGCUAGAAUAUGGGGUCUCGGGCUGUUAUAUGCUGCGGUUCUGAAAGCAAGGUCGGUGGAAGGCAGAAUCAGAUGGGAAGAUGAAAUUGAGAGUCAUGAAGCAAUUCAAAUUAGCGAUCAAGUCAGGGCCAGCAGGGAGGACGUGCUCGCCGGUGCAGCUCAGCCAUUUGCGAUGGUCUUGAGUCAACUUGGAGUAAAGUACCCUGAAAAGCUGAGAUGUCUUCUCGAGAUGUUUCUUGAGUGUACGAAUUUGAAGCUUGGCGAUGUUAAAUUGCGCCCCCCACUUCAGCAUGUUGCUCUCGAAAUUCUCACACAUUGCAAAAAUCUCACUGAAAACAACAUAGUUCAUUUGAAGUGUUUUGGACGGCUGAACCCCAAUUUCGAGAAUCAGCUCGAGCUCUUUGAAACAUGCAGACAGCGGUUUGACUCCAUUGUUGCGGUACCUUGGAUCUCAACUGAAGUGGCGUAUGCCAAUGGCUGCGUUUAUUCUGCGUGUAGCAAAAUGAUAGGAUGCUUUUGUGAGUUAAUGAAAAACUUGAAAGACAGGAUUUUGAAAGAAAGUGAGAAACAAAAAUUCCAGGACGGAGAGGAGCGGCAGGGGCUAGACAUGUCCAACAUGUUCACAGAUCUCAGCGAAGAACUUUUCAUUGACUUGAAUACGUCAAAUGAAGCAUGGAACAUCUGGCCGUAUGUUGGAGGAUUUGGCCCCCUUUCCAACCCACAGGAGCUGUGUGACUGGAUUGAUGCUCCAGAGACUAACUUGAGCCUGGGGAUGUCUAAUCUUUUCUAA